AAGAAAACCCGUAAAUAGUUGCAAAAACCACUCAGCCAUAAGCCCGUCCGUGUCACGUAUUAAAGCGCCAGCUCCUGCGUGCCCAACUUCGUUGAAUUUGGUUUUGUUCUGCAAAACAAUCCUAAAUCCCUUUUCUUUUCUUUGUACAAAACUGGUCUUUUGUGUGUGGGUUUCUUUAAGAAGUCAGCGUGAGAGGAAGAUUUUGGUGCCCGCUUGUGCAGAGAGAAUCAGGUUUUCUUGCAUUGAGUUCUUGAACUUGAACUGAGUUUCAAGGAAAAGGGCAUUCUUGUUUUAGGGGUUUUAGGCUUUAAUCGGGGGUGUCAAAGUCCUCCAGUUCAGUAUCUUCUUCUGCAAUAAAAUAAAGAUUGGAUUGCCAUUUUUUGAGCUGGCUGCUAUAUCAAACAUUGUAUCAAAUAACAGUCUCAAAGUUUUCGCUUUGAAUUCUCUUUGCCAAACAACUGCCUGUAGCUUUCCAUAUAAUUUGAUGUUUUUUUGCCUCUAGCUUACUCUUGAUUAUUCAAUUAGUAAAGGUCUAUGAACUCACCCCUGCGUGCCCAAACUAAAACCCAGAAGGAAAACGGAAAACGUACUACUCUCUGUUCCUUUCUUUUUAAGCGAAGGUGAUUUAGAGAGAUCAUCAUUCCUCAAUCCAAUGGCAGAGACUCCUCUUUUCACCUUUUCUCCACAUCGCAAAUCGCAUCUCAAAAGUCAAACUUAUCGCACUCUUGUUCGAAUUUUAUCGCACCCUCAGCUUUGUCAAUUUGUUCCUCCGCCAUCAGGUAAUGGUGGUGAUGGAGGGCCGCAUGUGUUGGGAAACCAAGUAUGCAGUAGGCAUGUGGAGUUGUGCCAUGAAAGUUUGCUGGAUAAAAAUGGCCAAGAAAGAGGGUUUAGUGACACGCAAGCGGUGAUCAAUGAGGUAGAGAAUAUAAUGGGAAUAGAAGAAGAUGAGAACUUGGUGAUUGAUCAUACUGUUUGUGGAACUGGUUUACAAGAUAGAGAUUUAAUUCAGGCGCAACAUUUGCUAAUUGAUGAGUUAGAGCAUCUCAUGAAAGGAAACGUGGAGCUUGUUUGUCACAACAAUUCUGGCCCUGUGACUAACCGGAACCGGAUUGCUGCUGGUGAUGUUGUUGCGGUUUCAAACAACCAAGAUGAACAUUCUGAGCGCCAUCCAGUUGUUAUCAAAGAAUGCAAGGGUGUCGGCCAGCUACAACUUGAUGAAAAAACCCUAUGUCAAAAUAACAAAACAAGCAGUGAAGUUUCAAAACCAGUUGAUAAUUGUGAAGAAAGUUCAUUGUCGAGGACUAAUGGAUUGGAAGUAAAUAAUGAAAUGCAACAGAAAGAGAUACAAUCGGACAAAUCAGUUUGUGCCGAUGCCACAAUGGUUUAUCCUCCUGAAGAUGGUGAGAUAGAAGAGCGAGAAGUUUCUGGUGAGUUUGAGGUGGAUGAUGGAUCAGUCGAUAUAUUUUCUGAGGACGCUGUAGCGCCACAGGAGAAGAAAGUUGAUGAGAAGCAAGCUUCUGAAACUAUUAUUGAUAAAAAUAGGCUUCCUAUUAAUGAAAAAAAUGAAGCAAACAAGAAGGAUUCCUGGUUUUCUUCUUCUAUGGCGUGCACAGUUGAGAAUACUAAAGAUAGAAGAGAAGUGGAAGCCCAACAACGUUUCUCAAGUGAAAUGGCAUGUAAACGGAAAGUUGUAACUUAUGAAGAUCCUAUAUUAGCUGAAGAGGGUGUCUGGUGUAAGAAACAAAAGAAAUGCCAUGGAUUCAGGGAGCAAAAUGAAGGGAGUGCAGCAAAAGACCAAAAAAGAGACAGCAGAGUUAAGGAACAAAAGAAAAGGAAUGUUGCCAAUGAUAGUGUUGGUUGCCCAGUGGUUUGUCCUAACAAUCUGGCAUCGUUCACAGAAAAUUCAGAUCAAACUGCAUCUGCAAACCAAGGAAUUGCAUCUAAAGAAAAGGAUGCUGGUCUAUGCAAUAAGAAAAAGCGUGGUCCUCCUUCUAAGGAAAAGAAAGCAAAGAAGAAGGAAAAAGAACGGAAAAAACGGGCUGAAAAGAACAGACAACUUGGUGUUAAAAGGAUGAAGUUACUUCCUGUGCUGAAUCGAAAACCUGUAUCGCCCUGCCGUCAUUUUCUCAAGGGGAGAUGCCGGGAGGGUCAAAAAUGCAAAUUUUCCCAUGAUGCAAUACCUUUGACAAAAUCUGAGCCAUGCCAUCAUUUUGCGCGUCACAAAUGCAUGAAAGGUGACAAUUGUCCAUAUGAUCAUCAGCUCUCCAAGUAUCCUUGUACAAACUAUGUGUCAAAAGGUUAUUGUAUCAGGGGUGAGAGUUGUAUGUUUUCACACAAGGAAGACCUUUCAUCUACAUCAAAUAUUUCAAAUGUUUGCACUCCUAAGGUGAAGCCUCCAUCUUUGCCGAGCACUUCAAAUUCUAGGAGGCAACUGGAUAUUAGUGGAACUUCCAACCAGACUGCCAAAGCCUCGCCGGAUUCCACAGGAGUUAUUUCUGAUGAUAGACGUACUGCACUAAAUGUGGCAAAGACUGUACAGAAUUUGCCUGCACUGGUGCCCAAAGGUAUAAGCUUUCUUUCUGGUGGGAAGAAGUCAAUGGUUGAAUCUAGUCCUAAAACAAGCAGCUCAUCUCUGAAGAGUAACGUGUUUGUCAAAGUUGGAAACCAGAUAGAUCAAUGUGCAUCUGUCACAAUUCAAAACUGCAAUGAGAUUCCCAAGAAAAUUCCUUCGGUUGUUGCACCAAAGGGGAUAAAUUUCCUUUCAUUUGGCAAAGCUCCAUUGGAUAAAUGUUCAAGUGCUAUGAAAUUAAAAAGCUUGGCUACUAAUCAGGGAAAUGGUGUCAACUUAUUUUCAUCCAAAAAUUUCUCCAUGCACGAAGAAGCUUGCUCAUCUUCAAAUAAGGAUAAUAGUGUCCUAAUUGGCAAAGAGACACACCGAAGUGUGUCAAAUAUGGCGCAUGGGUUGAGUAAGAUGCUGCAGAAAACUGAACCAACAGCAUUUCAAGAUGCCUCAACAGAUAGUUUUAGGAGAAACCAGCAGGUUAGCUUGCCUUUAAGUUCUGGUAGUGGUGUUCAUGCAUCUGUUCAAGAAAGUAAAAUUGCAUCCAAUAAACAUAUAGAGUUGAGUGCACUCCAGGGAAGGCUGCCAGCUUCACCACUUGGUUCAGGUCAAUCUUCUGAUCAGUUGGCACAUGCAUGUUUGAAAAACAAACCAAUAUCUGCACAGAAGGCACUAAUGUCAACACUAGCAUUUGCUACAAAGGUUGAAUCUCUAAUGAAGAUGAAUCACUCCACCGGUGGUGCUUUUGCUGUCAGUAGCAUGGUCAGCAAGGAAAGCAGGGAUAGUACUACACCUAGAGGUUUACAGAUUGACUCAGAAAAGGCAUCAAAAGUUUUGGAUUUUUUAUCUGGUAUUGGUGGUGAAACAAAGCAUUAACCUGUUAUUGCCAACUAGAUAUCACUGGGAACAUAACAUAUCUUUAGACUGGGAACUGGAGGUAAUUCAAAAGCAUUUGGCUGUCGAACAAGAAGCGAAGGCCAUACUCUAAUCAUUUAUUGGCAAUUUAACUGUUAUUCUUCAUCCAAAUUUUUUCAGUACUAGUUAGGAGGUGCAGUUUGCACGUCUCCUAGUUGUCACUGCUCUUCCCUAUUCAGCAGCUAUUCUGUUGACUGGAAAGAGGCCGACUGCUGGUAAGUUUGUGACGUAGGUGCAUAUUGAUGGCUGCAUUUUUAAAGUCUAUGAGGCAAACGAUUUCAGCUUGUUCCUUACUUUUGUUACGUAUUUUUGGAAGCACACAUUCCAAUGACUUGGAAGGCAAUAUGGAUUCUCCGGCUGGCAUCGCUUUUUUUGCAGCACCCUGGGUUAUGUAUGGAGGACAGGAGCUUGUGAAAAUGUGAGUUAAUUGAUGUCAUUGAA